CCAGCCGCAGCCUAGAUACUCCUCCGCGCCUGGUCAGUUCGCACCGAGCGGGAGGCAGACAGGAACAGUCCAGACUCCAGAGAGCGCCCCCCCCUGAGAGCGAGAGGGAGAGAGAGAGAGAGGCCGGAGCAGUCGCCGGCGGCGGCCAGCAGCGGAGCGGAGAUGAAGGAGAGAGGCGGAUCGAGGGCGGCGGUGGACGAGCGGUACGCGCAAUGGAAGUCGCUCAUCCCGGUCCUCUACGACUGGUUCGCGAACCACAACCUCGUCUGGCCAUCCCUCUCCUGCCGGUGGGGUCCUCAGUUUGAGCAGGCUACCUAUAAGAAUCGUCAGCGCCUUUACCUAUCAGAGCAGACAGAUGGAAGUGUCCCAAAUACCCUGGUCAUUGCAAACUGUGAAGUUGUGAAGCCACGGGUUGCAGCUGCAGAACACAUAUCACAGUUCAAUGAGGAAGCACGAUCACCUUUUGUAAAGAAGUACAAGACUAUCAUUCACCCUGGAGAGGUAAACCGAAUCAGGGAGCUUCCACAGAACAGUAGGAUCAUCGCAACUCAUACGGACAGUCCAGAUGUGCUUAUUUGGGAUGUUGAGGCCCAGCCAAAUAGACAUGCUGUCCUAGGAGCUACUGAUUCUCGCCCUGAUUUGAUUUUAAGAGGACAUCAGGAAAAUGCUGAGUUUGCUCUUGCCAUGUGUCCAGCAGAACCAUAUGUGCUCUCAGGAGGGAAGGACAAGUCUGUGGUUUGGUGGAGCAUCCAAGAUCACAUAUCUGGACUUGGAGACUCCUCAAAAAGUGAGACUUCCCCAGGGGCAUCAGGCAGCAAGCAUAGCAAAACUGCAAAUGAAAAGGAUAGUCCUAAAGUUGAUCCUCGAGGUGUAUUCCACGGCCAUGAUAGCACUGUUGAAGAUGUCCAGUUCUGCCCUUCAAGUGCACAGGAGUUCUGCAGCGUCGGUGAUGAUGCUUGUCUUAUUCUCUGGGAUGCCCGGACUGGUACCAGCCCAGCUGUUAAGGUUGAGAAAGCUCAUGGUGGAGAUGUUCAUUGUGUCGAUUGGAAUCUUCAUGAUGUUAACUACAUCUUAACUGGCUCCGCUGAUAACUCUGUCCGUAUGUGGGAUCGGCGAAAUCUGGGUCCUGGAGGUGCUGGUUCUCCAAUUCACAAAUUUGAGGGCCAUAAAGCUGCCGUCCUUUGUGUUCAGUGGUCUCCUGACAAAGCAUCUGUUUUCGGAAGCUCUGCGGAAGAUGGUUUCUUAAAUGUGUGGGACCAUGAGAAGGUGGGAAAGAAGAAAAAUCCCAAUUCACCUGGCGGGCUUUUCUUUCAACACGCAGGUCAUAGGGACAAGAUCGUAGAUUUCCACUGGAACUCUUCAGAUCCUUGGACCAUUGUGAGUGUAUCUGAUGAUGGUGAGAGCACUGGCGGAGGUGGAACUUUGCAGAUAUGGCGAAUGAGUGAUUUGAUCUACCGCCCAGAGGACGAGGUUGUUUCAGAGCUGGAGACCUUCAAGUCUCACUUGGCCAGCUGCACUCCGAGGGCUUGAGUCAUGAGAUAGUAGUUAUCUGUCCAUUUGAAACAUUGGUCAUGUCCUCUGAUGCUAGAACAACCCAGACUUGUACCCUUAAGGUGCUUGUGAGCUUAUUUAACUUGUUGUAUGAUUCGAAUCUGUAUGCUCUGCGAACACAGCGGAGCUUUAUUUCUGUAGCCAGACUAUUGGGGUAUUGGCCUAUUGGGAACAUUGUACCGGUAGCUUCUAGCGGACCUUAUGAGAUUGCUUGUAAUGAGUUUGUGUUUAUGACUUGGUCAGUUUGUUCUCAA